GCUAAACUGAUGACACAGAAAAUUGGCUACCCAGAAUUCAUCACCAACAGUACUGAACUGGACAAAGAGUACGAAGGGAUAGUAUUGCACCCGGACAAAUAUUUCGAGAAUGGUCUUGAAAAUCUCAAGCACUACGCUUUGCAGGAGCAGUUGAAAUUACGAUCGCCUGUCAACCGUAAUCGGUGGGUAACUUCACCGGCUGUCGUCAACGCUUUUUAUACAAGAUCCAAGAAUUUGAUUAGUUUUCCAGCAGGAAUAUUGCAGCCCCCUCUUUACCACCAAAAUUACCCAAGGUUCCUUAACUAUGGGGGAAUCGGAGUGGUAAUUGGACAUGAAGUUACCCACGGGUUCGACAACAAAGGUAGACAGUUCGAUCCUAAUGGAAAUCUACAAUCCUGGUGGCAUAACGACAGUCUUAAUCGUUUCCAAGCUAGAGCCGAGUGUGUGGUACAACAAUACAGUAACUACGUCGUUCCGGACCUAAGUAUUCCGCUAAAUGGAAUUAACACUCAAGGUGAAAACAUAGCAGAUAAUGGAGGAGUUAAACAGGCAUUUCGGGCUUAUAAACGAUGGGCUGAAAAGUACGGCCCAGAAGCCAGUCUUCCUGGGAUUAACUUGAACCAUUACCAACUGUUCUUCCUUCAAUUUGCCCAGAUCUGGUGUGGAAUAAGUAGGCCUAAGGCAGCAGUUCACACAGUUCGUGUUGACGCCCACAGUCCAGGAAGAUUCAGAGUCGUGGGCACGUUGUCCAACUUAAAGGAAUUCAGCGAGGUCUACCACUGUCCACUCAGCAGCCCGAUGAACCCCCAAAAGAAGUGUGAGGUGUGGUGACUUUUCUUGACCAGUCGGAAAGCGAUGAGAAGUCACUGUUGUGUCUGUAACUUAAUUAAUGUAUUAAAAAACCAUAUAUGUGUAUGUGUGAGAAAAGAAAACGUCUUAACAUGAGAAUCAAAGAAAGACUAAAAACUGCUAUGGCCUAUUAUUUCCUAAAUUUCUAGCACGGUUUACAUUUAAUUUUAAGCUGUAUAACGCUGAUAUUGUUGUGAAGCCUAAAAUACUUCAUUCUUCGCCAAAAUAAGUGUUUUAACGUUAAUUAUAUACUACUGUUACACCUUUUAUAUUUUUAACACCGCAUUCUUUAUCUAGUUCCUUAGGGAAUUUCAAAGAUUUAAAGAGUAUAUAUUUUAAUAGUAUUCCAACCAAUGAAUAUGUUCACCAUAUUCAUUGCCGACGAUGCGUUUCGCUCAAUCCAGAGCUCAUCACGCCGAGUGGAAAACGAGAAACACAGUAGUGGUCGGAACACGAUUUAUAUAAACCAUUUGUUACAACAACAAUUGAAAUGUUUUUGUAUAUGGUUAGGAAGCAUUGUUACACUGUGUAGCCUAAAUUAUCAGAAUUUGUUUGUAAAGCACUUAAUAAAUUUCUAACGUUCUGUUAACAGUCAACAAUGAGCAUACUGUUUUACUUGCUAUUCAAAGUACGCGGGAGUAUCUAUAAUGGCGUGAAUUAAUAAUAAUAAUAAUUAAUUCCGGUUUGACAAGUUUUUAAUGAAAUAAAUAAUUAGUGAUGCGUUAUGUAAAAUAAUCUUAAUUAAAUAUUAGCAGCCCAACAUGUUCACCAAAGCAAUCAACAAUUUACGGAAGUGCGCAGAAAGAACUUAAACGAUUCGCCUCAAAGUUUACCGCGCGCCGCAGCCCUAAGUGUAGAGUACGGUUGACACCCAAUUUUUUACUUCAAAGGAGUAUUUUACUGCCUCCCUACGCCCUCUGACGCCUUGUUAAAGAACGGCUAUAGUCCUCUGUUCUAAGGAACUUAUUUGUUUGUGUUUUUGUUUUUGUCAUAGAUUGAGUGUUCUAAUAUAAGGCAUCUUCUAUAAUAUACUAAAUCUAAUUACAAGUGCUUUCAUAUAAAUAGUGCCUAGACCACUUGCUAUGAUGAGCCCUGGUAUUAGACGAAAGGCCUUUUCGACACUGGAUAUGGUAGAUGUAGUGUGGUUGUCAUUUUCUCACAAGCUCCAUCUAGUGUCAAUAGUCACGAACUAAGUAAAGUUUUAUCACUCCAUCACCCAAACAUGGCAAAUCUUUUUCAAGAAGCUUCUAUAAUAUUUCCCCCAAGAUGGGGGACACCACAGAGUAACUAUAGUCUUCGGGCUAUACCCUUAUCAUUUGAGAUGUAGAGCCAAGACGCACCCUUUAUUUCUGCUUUGCAAACGUAGCAACACUAAUUAAUCCGGAGAGCAUUAUUCGGAAUUGUUAAUCUCGUGCUGGUUCUUCAUCUGUAAUGGUUUCAUUCGUCAACAUCUUCCAGUAUUCAAUAUAUUGUUUAUCAUUUUAAGAGUAUUUUAUCACAGUGGGACAGCGGUAAGUCUACGGACUAUAGCGCUAAAAUCCGGGGUUCGAUACCCCGCGGUAGACACAGCAGAUAGCCCAAAGUGGCGUUGCUCUAACACAAACAAAACUUAUCACAAUACCGGUUCCAUAUUUUCUUAACUGGGGGGGAGCCGGUGAAGCAUAUAAUGGGGCCAAAUCUCAGAAUAAUCUAAAAUUGGAUAAUGGACGACAUUAACUUGGGGGAGCAAACGGCAUCUCAUGUUGCCACCACCCCCCACUCCACUAGCGCCAACACUUUUUGUCAAAAUGUGUAAAUGUCAAUGAACCACUGUGCAGAGUUAAACGAUCUAAACCGUGAAAAUACACGAUACAUUCAAUACUCAUCAGGGAAGUUUAUCAAAACAUACCAUGAAACAAAAUAGUUUUAAUCUUAGUUUUGUACAACUGUUAUACGACAUUGAUACAUUGAAUGGUACUGGUAAUUUCAUAUUGUUGUAUUAGAGGCUGAGUGUGGUGCUGGUAGGCUUGCACUGUUGCAUUAAAUAGGCCUGCCUUAGUAUCAGUAGUUUCACAUUGUUGCAUUAAAUAGGCCUGCCUUAGUAUUAGUAGUUUCUCAUUGUUGCAUUAGUAUUGGUAGUUUCUCAUUGUUGCAUUAGUAUUAGUAGUUUCACAUUGUUGCAUUAAGUAGGCCUGCCUUAGUAUUAGUAGUUUCUCAUUGUUGCAUUAGUAUUAGUAGUUUCAUAUUGUUGCAUUAAAUAGGCCUGCCUUAGCAUUGGUAAUUUUUACAUUGUUGCAUAGAAGCGAGUCUGUGUUUUUACUAUUGUUUUCAUGUCUUUAUUGUUAUUCAAUUUGAAGAAUAAUACUGUAUAAUUCACGGUUAGUUUCAAUAACUUCAUGUACAUUGAAAAACUUCCUUAUCAUUGUAAUACACAUAUGAAUCAAACUUUCGAUCAAUAUACAAUGUAAACAACAAAUGUAUAUCACACAAAACUUAUAAUAAACUUUGUGUUGCUUGUGUGAUGUAAUAAAAUUUA